UAGAUUCGCCUGUUUAGUCUUACGACAGACGCACGCCUGAACGGUACAGUGUUUUCCUCUUGGCAACCUGGUUUGCUACGAUUUGCUAACAGUCUCUAGCUUGACACAGCUCACAACACCAGCAGUGCCUUCGAUUCUGUGUUGUUUUGGUUGGUGCCUUUGGGAAUUGGCAGUGUUAGUGUGCGGUGGUAGCUUUGUGGUUUUUUAGAGCGUCUUGUGUGCUGUUACUCCUGCUUGAAGACUUCACAAUCCCUUCACAAAGUUCGCUCCAGCAAGUGAGAUAGAGCUGUGAGUGCGUUUUGGUUGCAAUUUUUGGUGCAGUGAACCCCAGACCAAAAACAGGUUUACAAACAGGCCUGUUUGUACCGAUCAUCCCAGUGACAGAAAGUGAAAAGCAUCUGCGGAGUGCCAGCCAACCCCGGUGUGGUGUGACCCCGAAAUUCAAAUAAACCAGCAACAGCAACAACAUGGCCAACAAAUUUGUGUCAGUGCUGAUGGUUUCAUCUUUCCUGCUGGCGGUUAGCUUCGAAGCAGUGAGUGCGCUGAAAUGCUGGCGAUGCUCGUCGGACGCCUCAACGGCCGCCUUCUGUGACGAUCCGUUCACCCAGGACAUCAUUACCGAGCAGCAGAGACGCUGGAGCUACGUCGACUGCAGCUAUCCGCCCCAGGUCAACUACCAAUUCAACCAGGCGAACCAGCAAACCCGGCCGGUCUGCAAGAAAAUGAAGCAAAUCAUUAACGAUCGUGUCGUGGUGUCGCGCUCCUGCGCUUACGAGGACGUCAACACGCCACCCAACUCGUGCCUGAACGCCCAGACACCCUCCUACAUCAAGACCGAGUUCUGCGAGACCUGCAUCACCGACGGAUGCAACGGGGCCGCCCAGUACGGACCGGCCGCCCUGAUGAUCCUGAUCAGUGCGUUCGUGGCGAAGCUGCUCGCCUGGUAAUCACGGAACGGGGCGGAAUCGUCGUCGUCGUUCUUUUCCAUCCAUCCCUACCCCUCCUCCCCACCGAAAUGGUGCUGGCAGAGAGAAAGAGCGAGAGAGAGAGAGAGAGAGAGAGGGAGGCAGUGGAGCAGUGGCAGAGAGUUACCUUAUCGUCCUACACACACAACGCUUAGAAAACCCAUAUCCCAUUCCCUGACACAGGUUCGGUGCGUCCUGCACCAUCUCCACCAACAGCAACAGAAAAAGAAUCUCAUUCGCAACGGUCUCUCUUUCUCUCCCUGUCUCUCUGUCCCUCGCCUCUGUGACGGGGGUGUUAUGCCUUAUGCCUUACGAAUUCGGGAGGCGCUUUAAGCGUCCGAUAAGUGUUAAAGUAUGUUCGUCACCAGUAAAAACACACACACACAAACCACCUCACAGUAACACUAAACUAUUGAACAAAAAAAAGCUACUUGCAAAAUAUAAAUCGGUAAAACAUGCGAAAGAAAGAAGCUAAUUUGUAUGGUACAGUGUUACAAAUAUGUAAACAUAUGAAGAACCACAAAAACCGUUAAAUUUAAAAAAAAGUAACAAGUAACAAAACACAAUCACUAUUGUGUUGAUUAAAGUAAGGACAGUGCAGUAAUAAGAGCGUUACGAGGAAGUAAAUGAUGUACAAAACCACAAAGAUGAUGAUGCUAGACAGGAUAGACACAACAGGUACUGGAACAUAUCAAUUUGGAAAAUAGCUGCUUUAUCACUAGUGCACACCGAACAUUUGCCUUUAAUUAUUGUACAUCUCGUUUGUUACAUUUUGCUUAGCUUUAAAGAUGUUAAAUCACGAUUAGAGGAAGCUUUCAUUGUCUCAAGAAUGUUUGUUAAUAUUUGCCAAGCUGUAGGCGAUACUGUAAUACAUUUGCUAUCGAAAAUUUGCUUCAAAAUUUCACAACAAGCACAACAACCAUGCAGGAGCAAAUAUCAAAUGAAAUUGAAAAUUAAAGAGAAACCUAUUUUUUAUCAGAUGAUAUCAUACACAUCUAUGCACAAAAUCCACACAUCAUAAUACCAUGCAUCACUUCCGUUAAACGUGUACAUAAUAUGUAGACCGAAAAGGGAUAAUGAAUAAAGCUACACAGAACAAA